AUGUCAGGGACCACAGCCAGCACAGCAAACUACCUGUGGUCCACACAUGAUCUCCUUGGUCAAGGGGCUACUGCCAGUGUCUACAAGGCCCGCAACAAGGUAGUAAGCCCCACUGGGGAGGAUUUUGCUUAUAACUUGAACUGUGAGUUUGUUGUUUUGACUGACUGGCUGAUUACACCACUGCCUUCGUCAUCUUAAAGUUCGUCAGCCCACACUUUGACUCAAAGUGAGGCCAGGAUGUGUGAUAAGAAAAGGUUGUGGUUGUAGCGCUGACAGAGUUGAUAACAUAAAAUGAUGCUUUGAUGUGUUAUGCGUAUGUUUAUGUGUGUAUGUGCGUGCACAGAGGUUGGGUGAGCUGGUUGCCGUCAAGGUGUUUAACGCAAUGAGCUACAACCGCCCACAUGAGGUCCAGAUCAGAGAGUUUGAGAUGCUGAGGAAGCUGAACCACAGCAACAUCGUCAGGCUGUUCACUGUGGAAGAGGUAAAGCUAGCGUGAGAGUGUGAACUCAUGAUCUGCAAAAAGAAACCUCAGGUAGAGUUUAUUUCCUUUACUGUGGCUGAAGUGAUUUAUGGCGUGGUAGGCAUGGAAAUUUAUCCCACAGAACCAGUUCACUCCAUGUCUAUGUAACAGCAACACUUAAUGUAGCUGUAGCGGAGUCCAAAAGGACAGCUCAGGUGCAGUUUUUGUAGCCUUGUUUCUUGGCUUUUUGGUGUAAAAAGGUUUAAACAUUUACAUUUUACAGUGUUACUAAGCAAGGAUAUUUCAUCAAUCAUUAAGGAAAUACCAAGAAUUAUUUCAUCAAUAUUUUAGAAAUGGUACUAGGUUGAUAAUUUUCUCCUCCAUAAUUAAUAAAUCAGUCUAUCUUUGCUCUAAAGAGUUAAUUUUACUGCUGACAGCAGAUUUUCCUCCUGUACUUUCCUCUUUGACAUGGUGUUUUCUUCAUCACAGCACUCUCUUCUGAGCUUUCAGCCCAACAACUCCUUGCCUCCGCACAAGCGCAGGCAUCAUCAAGCCCUAUUAGGGUUGGAGUUGAUUAGACAAAGCUUAGUGUAUUAGUGGAACGGCUUGAGCUUUAAGUGAAAGUCUGCAUUAAUUCAAUCAAAGCUUACGCUUGAGCUGCCAUGAUGGAAUAAAUCCCUGUUCCCACACUGUUAAGAUUGGGAUUAAAUAACUUUUUAAACUGCGAUAUGAUCUCUUUUUUGAUCAAAUCUGUUUCAUUAAGUUUUAUCAGAGAUUUUUUGUGUUUUCUUCUCUUAUAGUUUAACAAUAUUUCUAGAGUUGGUUAAACUACAGCUCACCUGCUGCCUCUGUCCUUUUAGCUGCCCACUAGACAGAAGGUGCUGGUGAUGGAAUACUGUUCAGGAGGGAGUCUGCUCAGUCUGCUCGAGGAGCCAGAAAACGCCUUCGGCCUGCCCGAAACAGAGUUCCUCAUAGUUUUGCAGUGUGUCGGUGGGUGUUCCUCCUUGUAUUUCUGCUAUAUACUUUUAUACAUCCGCAAUAAAGUGCGCCUGUUGUUGUUUUGUUGUUCUCAGUGCAGGGGAUGAACCACCUGCGAGAAAAUGGAGUGGUGCACCGGGACAUCAAGCCGGGGAACAUCAUGCGGCAAGUUGGGGAGGAUGGAAAGUCUGUUUAUAAGCUGACUGACUUUGGCGCAGCAAGAGAGCUGGAGGAUGAUGAGAAGUUUGUCUCUAUUUAUGGAACAGAAGAGUAUCUUGUAAGUGAACAGCCCUCUCUGCUUGUAGGGAUAUGCCAUCUGGAAUUACAGCUUUUUUUUUCUAAAUAAUGUGACUCAGAAAAGGUUCAACUCAUGUCUCUACAAAGCUAUCAGUAUUCCAAAACCAAUUUUUUUAUGGGUCAAUUUUAAAAUAUACUUAAAUCCCAAUGUACGAUUAUAUGUAUUUUGCAGACAUACAGUGCUCAGCAUGAAUGCGUACACCCCAUCAUAGUUUUCAGAAAACCUUUGAUUUCCUUUCAAAAUCAACAUUUUCUAUGUCAGACUAUACAACAAAAUACCCCCCAAAUGUAGGCCACUGAUUGUAAACAAGAUUUUUUAAGUUGCAUACAAAAAAGUAAAAAACAAACAUGAGUAUACCCCUAUCAAAGUUCUGGGAGCAAAGCUAUAUUUUAGUGACCAUAUCGCCUUUUUUUAAUCUUAUGGUAAAUAAAAUGUUAUAUUAAACUCAGCUUUGUCAAAACUUUAGAAGUUGUACUUUUGCUCAUCUAGAAAUAGAGUAAUACAUUACUUUUAAUAGGGGGUGUACUGACUUAUGCUGGGCACUGUAUAAUUUACUGCAACUUAACUGAUAAAUUAGUAAGAAGGAUUUAAAAUAUGCCAAUAUGUCAGAUCUAAAUUUGAUAUGAUUGAUAGAGAAUUUAACUUUUCAUUUUACUUUGUCAUGAAGAACAUGACUUUAUGAACAUGAAAUAUUUGAGGGCCUCUUCAGGGAAGAAUCCGGGUGAAAACAAUCAGGACAAGUACAAUGUGAUAGAAUAAUACUGCAUCAAUAAAAGGUCUAAAGAGCCCAUUUGAUUGGCAGUUAUAUGACUAUUGAUCCUUUCAUAACCUUCUUUAUUGGUUUUUCUCCUGGGAAGAUCUUAAGGCUUGGCAGCACAAACAGCAUUUUACUGUCAUAACGAUAACUUUUGUGACACACAAAUGUUAAUGCAUUCAUGGAGGUUUAUUUAGAGCAAAAAUGUUUGUUUCAAGUACAUUCAAAGGUAUAAUUAUUUAGCUUAACUUUCCCCACUCAGUUAUGUCCCUUUAAUUGCCAUAAAAACAUGUUUUUUUUUUUUCCUUAAAAAUGUAAUGUAAACCUUGAUCUUACAUGAGAAUGUCAUAUUUUUAUGAGCUCAAAUUUAUGUUGAUCUGAUCCAUGUGAGAGUGGAAAUCAUGAGUUGCCAGUGUUAUGUUGUUCCCACUCAAGGAUGUGUCUUGGCAGACAGGCACUGCAGAGGCCUGAUUUUAUUACCCCAAAGCAACUCUUGUUGUCAUGACUAUGUUGCCCUCUAGUGGACAAACUUAAAAAGCAAAAUACAUGAUAAAAGGUUAUUGACAUUAUAGCAGAUGUUUUUAAAGUCACUCUAAACCACCUUCUAAAUUUAAUGCAACUUCUCCCGGAUAGGUUGGAGAAUCGUUCUUUCGCUUGACAAGAUUUUAAGACAAAUUUGACCAUUAGGAACACACACUGAUACAAUAUCUGUGAUGACUUCAUUGUUUUUCUCUCUUUAACUUUGUGUAGCACCCAGACAUGUAUGAACGUGCUGUACUGCGCAAGCCACACCUGAAGUCCUAUGGAGUGAGCGUAGACCUGUGGAGUAUUGGUGUGACAUUUUACCACGCUGCCACUGGGAGUCUUCCCUUUGUACCACAUGGAGGACCACGAAGGAACAAACCCACUAUGUAAUAAGUUAAAACUCAGACGCUUUACUGAAUACUUAAGAUAUAAACACUUUUUGAAAUCUGAAACUCUUCCACCGAAGCUAGGGAAGUCUACUUUUCCAUUUGCAUUUGAAAGAAACCCUCUAAAGACAUCUCAGAGACAGAUGUUGUGAUGAAUAUUGCUUUAUCAGGAACCCUGGGGUUUUGUUAGAACUUGGGUAUUUUAUCAAUCCGCUUGUCUUUGGAUGUGCAGGUUCAAAAUAACUACAGAGAAGCCAACAGGGGCAAUAGCUGGAGUACAGCGCGUAGCAGACGGACCUAUAGAAUGGAGCUACAACCUACCUCACAGCUGUCAACUUUCACAGUAAAUCAAGCUAAAAAGAUCAAUCUUGACUCCUCAAAGCAAAUAUCUGGCACAUUUCUUUUUUUUUAAUUUUCUGCUUUCACGACCACUCUAUCUUUUUCUCUUUUUGCAGGGGUCUGACAGUGCAGUUGGUUCCAGUACUUGCAGGUAUACUGGAGGCUGACCAAGACAGGUGUUGGGGUUUUGAUCAGUUCUUCACCGCCACAACAGACAUCCUACAACGGCAGCCGGUUCACCUCUUCUCUCUGCAACAGGCCCAGGCACACUGCAUCUACAUACACCACCACAACACGUAGGUCUUCAUGAACACAUCGCCCUGUGCAAUAUCAUGAUCAAAUAGAAAUGAAGCAGUUAACAGCUGAUUUGUUGAGGAUUAGGGAGAAACUUGAAAUGUAGCAGUAGCAUGGUCUUCCAGUGUUAAUUUGACAAAAAAAAAGAGUUUUCACUGACACUCUUUGGUGAAAAGUUUUUCUGAUGUUUGUUAGAGUCAAAGCCACAACCAGAGACAGAGGGUUUGUGAGUUUGUCAUUUGGCAGACGGCACUUCAUGUCGCAUUUCUUGACUUAUCAAGACAAAAAUCUAAGCAUAUCAGACUCAAAAUUAGAAGUCUUGAAAAUUGUUCAUUUUCACUUUUGUGAUCUAAUUCAAAACGAUGCAUUUUUAUAUCUGUGACACAUAAAACUAAAUAGUCUAAAUCUCUACUGGUUCAUUUUUGAUGAGUUUCCACUUAUGGCACAUGAAAAUCAGGAAUCCAGUUUCUCAAGUUAUGUUUGGAACCGUUACAUACACUGAAAGUUCGGAAAAAAGGUAACACUAUAUUUUGUAAAUGAACAGUACAUUAGUAUAAACUUAAUCCAAUUUAUGUUGUCUUUAGUUUUGUGUGUUCUUGAAAUAAGACUGAACAUCUGUUGCGUUUAAUAUGUUUCAAAGGAGAUUUUAUGUUAAUUGUGCCUCAUGUCGACUGGAACAGGCUGUACUUCACUAAAACAACAAUAGAGCGUGACAGGAGAGAUCCAGAAAAAAAACAAAAACAGUUAAUUAACAAAGAGGGUGAAACAAAUGUGUUCACAGCACAAUGGGAGCAUCAAUCACAAUGCGAAGCAGAGUGAGUCACUGGCUGUGUCAUUUCUCCAAAAAUAGAUGAAUAAAUUGACAGUUGUUAUAUCUGGGAUUGAUGUUUCUGUAAUAUUUCUUCUCUCAUUUAUUGCUAAAUGUGGCUCAAUCGAAUAUAACAAGCUGUAAAAUCUCUUGGAAAGGUGUGAAGUAUUGUGAGUGUUUUUUCAGAGGUAACAUCCCAUGAAAUCAAGCCUUGGUAGGUCUGCAAAAUUGCUCAAUGGUCACCAGGAAGAGUGGCCACUUCUACUAUCUGCAGACAUUAUUUGACAUUUUUUUUCAGUGUGUGUUUUCUGAAAUAACCGACCUUGUGAGUGCAGGCGUUGGCAUAUGCAGAUCUUUUCAAGAUGCCACUACUGACCAAACUGAUUGAUCAGUCUACUUCUUACCAAUAUAUCCAAAAUAACAAAAGAUUUGAUGGUAAACUUGUUAGGUUGCUUCUUUACACACAGCAAAAAAGCAUUAUUAAUCAUCGGACUGUUUGUUACGGUUACGUUGUAAGACACUUGUAAAAAUGGAAUGGAUUACUUUGUUUAUCCUGGAUUCUGUCUGCUAUCUUGAUUUUGUUAUUUUGACACCAUGGAUUUCUCUCUGGUUAAAACAUCAGCAGAAAACUCCGAAAAUUCUUUCUGUGGGAAAACCACUGUCAAGGGACCAACAGAGGUCGGUCAGACUAAAAUGAGAGGGAUUUUUUACCUGCUAGUUUGCAGAAAAGAUCCCUUUUUUCCCCUUCCUAAUUUCCAUUUUGAAAUGAGCUUUGUUUUCAUGGACAUGCACAAAGACUGUUACAUAUUUUGCUUUAGAGAUCAUAUUUCCCUGACCCGACCCCUCAACGUGUUUUGCCCGCUCUUUCUGUUUUGGUUUACUUCACAGCUUGACACGAGAAUAAGUAGGAUGUAGAACUAAGUGAGUAGAUGCAAACAAGGUGCUACAAAGUGGGAUGUUUGUAUUUUUGUCAGAAGUUGAGGUGGUGGGACAGCAUGACUAAUUUGGUUGAUGAAUUCCCAGUAAUCUAAAAUAUGACGCAGUCUGAGAAUUAUGCCGGAAAAGGGGCUUUUCUAGUUUGUCAGUGUGGUCAAACUAAUAAAGGUGAGAUGCUGUUUAGAUGCUUAAAAUGGUCUUUCUCUCUCAAUCCUCUCAGGGUGUCGGUGUUCUUUGAGGAGGUGGCAUCUCAGACCGGUAUUGGGGUUCAGCUGCAACAUCUGAUAUACCUGGGUCAUGACCUCCCUCUAGAAGGCAACAUGAAGGUGGUCAACCUCCCGAGUACUUCAAGAGCCCAGCCUCUGAUUCUGCUCAGCUACGGGCCUGAAGCAAACAGCAGCCUGCCCUUCAGAGAGCGUAAGACGAUCAAAGUCGUGAAAACGUUUGAUAGGUUUCUGUGAAGUCCCCAGGAUUCCUUGUCUUUAUUCUUUUCUGUUUCCCUGAGGGAGCUUUGGAAGAGUUUUCAUCUGAGGUGUAUCCCAGCAUCACACAUACCCUCACAAAUAUCGUUAUACAUCCAAUGUUAAAUGCACGUUAUAUUGUAGAGUUGGACAUAAACAGUGUACUUUUGUUGUAAAGUAGAUUUUUUAAUCCCUUGUAGCAGAGACGCCUUCCAUCCCAUCCAAGUUUGACGCUGUGGCAGACUACAAUUUCUCCAAGGUGCUUCACUGAUGCAGAUUUUUGCUCAUUUUUUUACUUGCAUUUUAUGCCUCCAAGUUCUAAUGCAUUAUUUAUAAUUCUUUUAACAUCCUCCUUCCCUGUAGAUAAUUAUGGGAGUGGUCCAUCAGUAUCUCAGGAUAGUAGAGCUGCUGCAUUUCCACAGACAGCUGCUUCUACAAGGAUACUACAGCUACAUGUGAGACACACAUGCUUCACUAAGGAUCGUUUGCUUUACUGCACUGAGUAAUGUACAUCCAGGUAAUGAGCCCUGUCAGAUGUUUGCUCCUCCAUGUCCUCCUCUAACACGCUCCUCUUGUUCUGCAGGAUGAGGUUGCGCAAGGAGUGUGUCGAGGCAAUGCACAGUAUUGCGAUGAUCACCUUGAGACUGCAGUCUUGCCUCAGUGUAGAACACAGGCUUCAAACGCUGUGAGCUCAUUGACUUUGGUUUAUUAACCUGAUGUGAUUGUUUGACAUUGUAUGAAAGAAGAUUCAGGGAAAUGGAGCUAAACACAUGACUUUAUCCAGGUUUCAUUUUGGAAUUGCUUUCAUAAUAAAUGCCUUAGAAUGUAAAAAAAUAUAUAAUUUUGUGUUACCUUUCUUUUCUCAGAGGCCACCAGACUUCAGAAAAUCAAGGUUCAGGAAACGGCAAUCAAAAACUGCAGCUGGUGAGUGACAUUAGGAAAGAGCUUCACAGGAAGUCUAGCCCAUGUUGACGAAGGAAAAUGUGUGUGACCUUUUCAUAUUUUUAUCCCAUAACUCUUAAGCUUAGUUCCAAGUCAAUAUAAUAUACACUAUGCUGUAGUUAAUAAGUAUAUAGAUGAGAAUGACUGAUGACAAGGAAACAUGUGAUGAGAGAAAAAACUGUAUGCAGCGUUUGUAUAAUUAUGAUUAGUAAAUAGAUACUGAGUAUUGUAUCAAUUUAAAAUUAUUGCUACGUUAGAGCAAGUGUGCUGAAUCCAAGCUGUUGAUACAUGUGAAUUAUAACACUUGAGGUUAACUCUUUAAGUCCUCCAGUAUACAGUGCUCUGCGUAAGAACGGCAGCUGAACUGCAUCAUAGUUAUCAGAAAACCUUUAGUUUCUUUUCAAAAUCAACAUUUUCUAUGUCAGACUGUACAACAAAAUACUCCCCCAAAUGUAGGCCAUUGAUUGCAAACAAGAUUUUUUGAAGUUGCAUACAAAAAAAGUACUUCAAAAAAGUAUUACUCCAGGGCUAAAAUAGCGUAAAAUCACAAAAUGCAGAUUAAAAGAUUAAAACAAAAUUCAGCUAAAAGCCAGACUAAAAAGGUCGGUCUUUAGUUUACUUUUUAAAAUAUGAACAGUAGGUGUCGCUCUCAGGUCUGCUGGUAGGCUGUUCCACAGAUUGGGACCGUAAUAUUGGAACAAUGAUUCACCAUAUGUUUAUGCGACUCACAAUUGCUUUUUAAAAUAAAUAGUUUUUAAAAAAUGUGUUAAAGUGCAACAUCUAAAUUCCGUCUAAAAAUAUACAGAAUCUUGAUGGUUGAAAUUAGGUCUAAAAAAAAAAACUAGACGUCUAAUAGCGUCUAUUGCUCAGUGGGCUGUUCUUCAGUAUUUGACUGUACCAACUAUAAACACUGGGGAACUAAAGAGUAACAUUGCUAAAUCCCAACUAAUUUCAUUUGAAUGCUUAGAUUUUUCAGAGGUUUUAAGAUAAUGAACUUUGAACCACUCAUUAUUGCCUGAGAUUUUCAAAGUAAAGGUAUCAGAAUCUGUGUCUGCUCUCUCUGCAGGUCCACCAGCACCUGCCGAUUUAUGCCACUGGUAUCCAAGAGUUUCAGAAUCGACUGGACCAUCUUCAGAUAGAACAGGCCAAGCUGGCAGAGACACUCGCCAGUGACAAAAGGUAACAUGGGACUCAAAGCCUCAGGGCAGCCUGAUAGCUCUGUGGUGUCUGACCUCUGACCUCUUAUCUCCUGCAGCUGCCAGAAAAUGGGGAUGCUGCUGCAGAAGAUAACGGCAAUUCAUCAGCAUUACCGCAAAGAUCGACUAAGUGGCAGUACGUAUUGUAUGUUUAUUUGUUGAAGUAAACUGUGAUCUCUUCAGGUUCAUGUAUAAGUUGUUAAUGCUUCAACAUUGUUUAAUUUUCACCAGAGUUGGCCUAUAAUGACGAGCAAAUCCACAAGUUUGAGAAGUGAGUAUCAGCUGCCGUACUGCUCACCCCACCUGUGAAGUUAUUUUGAGCUCUCCUCUAAUCUGACUCUCCCAACCUCCUUGCCAGGAUUCACCUGUCGUCCUACAUUAAGAGAGUGAAAUCUCUCUUUAGAGAAGACUGUGUUCACAGAUACAAAGAGCUGCUGACCUCAACCAGGACUUGGAGCAGGUCAGAGCAGACCCCUGAGUUGCAUUUUAACAAAACCAAGUUAGACUUCAGAGCACAUUCACCAUAGCUGCUGCAACCUAAGCACUCUUGAUUAUCUACAGAGAGAUAAGCGUUUGUUUUUUUAGUGAGCCAUUGGUAUAGAUCAUGAAAGCUCACUCGAAGGAAAUAAGUCCAAACCAAUAGAAGAAGAAUAAGUUUGGAGGUAGCUCUGUUAACACUCAAGAAGGUUUGUAAAACAGGCGGUAUAAGGUUUUAAGUUGUACACCAUCAACUCUGUAUGUGUAAUCUCUUUUCUAUAUUGUCUGAAUUAAUGUUUCACAUUUCAAAUUUUAUGUAGAGUAUUCAUUUUACAUUUUAUAAUCAUUAUAUGACCUGAAAAUCUUAGACUGAAGGAGAAUAUCUGGUUUUGAUUUUAUAAACGGAAAGACAUAGAUGGAUAUCCGUGAUUUAAGUUGAACCUUUGUGCAGUUGUUUAAUUCAUAUACUGUUUGAAUUUUUUAAUAACCUUUAUCUCUCCUUGUUCUUCCACGCAGCAAGAAUUAGCAUGAUGUACCGACAGUAACUGAGCUCUACUUUUCAGUGUUUUGUUGGAGAUGCAGACCCGCCUGCAGGACUUUGGCUCUUUCUCUACAGGCUUGUUGGCAGACCUGGAGCUGAGUAAUCAGUGCCAAAAUAAGGUCAUCAUUUCACUUUCUCUGAUUACUAUUGUUAGGUAACCGCUUGCACAUGUAUGGCUGAACUAAUAGGGAACUGUUUUAGAUUUGUGAGCAGUAUUUGGAGGUUGUGUCGGUGAUGUAACUGGUGUAGCAUCCCAGUGAUGUGAUGAUGUAACGUCUUGUCUGUCCUCUUCAGGCUCUGGACAGAACUUUAUCCGCUCUGCAGUCCAGCAAAGCAGCACAACAGUCUGAAGUCACACCCAGAAACAAAGACCAGAUGGUCUCCAGGUGUGUGCCUCUGUGGUUGUAUGCAUAGAAGGUUCUGGGUUUCCUUUUACCAUGUUAACAUGUAUUCCUUUGUUCUAGGAUGCACCAUCUGAAGGAGGAAAUGGAGAUUUUGGUACAGGAAUUACAGUUUAAUAACAGCGUUAUCGAGAGGUUAGUUACUUUCUGUCCACUCUCCUCUGUGGAAACCUACACCACCAUAUAAAACUGUUGGCCUUAUUUUUUUCUUAAUUAUGUUUUGUCCUUUAGUUUAGGAGCAGUGAACUCCACAGCAGCUCUGGAGCCAAGCUAG